AAUGGGUUCUUUUUCAAGAAGCUGCGUACGUGCCAACAACGUGUUUGGCUAUUAGCGCAGUUAAGUAGUUUGUAUUUUUGUUAUUUUCGACAAAAAUACCUACCGAAAUCCAUUGAUUCGUCGUUGUUUUUCAUACAAACCAUAAUGGUUCGUCAUAACAACCAACUGCCAGAUAAUUUGCCACAGCUGCAAAAUCUGAUAAAACGCGAUCCCGAUUCAUAUCGAGAUGACUUCCGUCAACAAUAUCAACAUUUUCUUAGUAGCUUGGAAGUGUUUGCGCUCAACCCAGGCGAAGAAAACCAAUCGUUGGAUGAGCUAGUCAUGUUCAUUGCGCAGGUCGCGCAAUGCUAUCCAGAAGAGUGUGUCAAGUUCCCGCAACACCUAGUGGAUUUGCUGAAAAACCACGCCACAACAUUAGAUCCUAUAAUGCGUAAUUGCUUUGUCAAGGCGUUAAUAUUGAUGCGGAAUAAAAAUUUGAUACCGGCCAUUGAUUUGUUAGAACUGUUCUUCCAGCUAUUGACCUGUCCUGAUAAAAAUUUGCGUUCUUUCCUGCAAACUCAUAUUAUUACAGAUAUAAAGAAUAUGAAUGCCAAACACAAGGAUAUGAAACUGAACUCGACUUUGCAAAACUUCAUGUAUUCCAUGUUAAAAGAUGCCAAUCCAAAAGCGGCAAAGAUGUCCGUAGACAUAAUGAUUGAAUUAUACAAGAAGAAUAUUUGGAAUGAUGCGAAAACAGUUAACGUUAUAGCGACAGUAGGUUGCUUUUCAAAAAUUAUGAAGGUACUCGUUGCUUCUUUGAAAUUCUUUCUGGGCCACGACGAUGAGGAAAAAGGUUCCGAUGAUUCUGACAGUGACAAUGAAGUAGACCUUAAAGGUGCGCUCAUGCAAAAUCGUGUCAAUAAAAAAACUAAGAAGCGUAAGAAGCAAUUGGAACAAAUCAAAAAGCAAGCCAUUAAAGCUCAAAAGAAGAAGAAGAAUGCUCCAGCUUUUAAUUUUUCUGGCAUACAUCUGGUGCAUAAUCCUCAAGGCAUGGCCGAGGGACUCUUCAAACAGCUGCAGUCAACGAAUGAACGGUUUGAAGUUAAACUGAUGCACUUAGAUGUUAUCUCACGUUUGAUUGGCAUACAUCAGUUGUUCCUAUUUGGUUACUACCCCUACAUUACGCGUUUCCUGCAACCACAUCAACGCCAAGUGACACGUAUCAUGCAAUUUGCGGCGCAAGCUUCACACGAAUUGGUCCCUGGGGAUAUUGUCGAACCAGUGCUAAAAACAAUUGCUAAUAAUUUCAUCACCGAACGCAAUUCCAGCGAUGUAAUGGCGAUUGGUCUCAAUGCCACGCGUGAGAUUUGCAUGCGUUGUCCUUUGGCAAUGGGAGAGGAACUCUUACGUGACUUGGCUAUGUAUAAAACGUACAAAGAAAAAUCCGUCAUGAUGGCUGCACGCUCGUUGAUUAUGUUGUAUCGCGAACAGUUGCCAGCGCUGCUGCAUAAGAAAGAUCGCGGACGUCUCACCGAAGCACAAGCAGAGCGUAAAAUACGUGCAUAUGGUGAGGUUGAGGUUCAUGAGACGAUACCGGGUGCCGAAGCUUUGCUUAAAGACUCCAAGGAGAUUGAUUUGGGCAGUGAUGAUGAUAGUGAUUCCAAUGACGGGCAAUGGGUUAAUGUAUCGCAUAGCGAAGAUGAGGGCGGAAAUAUGGAGAGUGGCGAAGAAGAUGAUGACGAGGAAGAUGGUGAAGAAGAAGAUGAAGACGACGACGACGAAGAAGAAAAUACAGAAAAUGAGGACGGUGAAAGUGAUGCUGGUGAAGAGGAUGAGGAAGCAGAAACUGAUGAGAAGUCGGAAAGUUGUGUGAAAGAAAAUCUAAAAAAGAAGAAAACGAAUGAUGAUAAACGAAUCGGUGUACAAGUUUUGGAUGCCAAAGAAGCUGCUCAGGAGUUGGCUAUGACGCGCAUCUUCACUGAUGAGGACUUCAGACGAAUCAAUGCUGCGCAACUAAAAAAGACGGUUACGAAUGCUCGUAAAAGACCGCUGGAAAAAGAUCGUGCUGAAUUUGUAAAAUUGAACAGUAUUGAGAUGAUAUACAAAAAACGUAAACACGACAAAGAAUCCCGCUUGGAAACGGUGAAAGCUGGUCGAGAAGAUAGAGAGAAAUUUGGUUGGAAGGACGGACGUAAAAACGAGCACAGCUCCAAAACGAACAGUGAAAAGCGUAAACGAAAGAACUUUGUUAUGAUGCGACACAAGGCGCGUUCAAAGGUGAAGAAAAGCUUCCGCGACAAACAGCGGGCAAUGAGAAAACAUUUGCUGCAUCAAAAGAAGAUGAAGUGAGACUGGGUUGGUCGUUCAUCUUUUCCUUUUAUUUCGUGUAUAUUACAUAUAUAGUUUGAAUAAACUAGAUAGUUAAUUGUAAGCGAA